GCGGCGCGGGGCGGGCGCGGCGAUUAGCUGACAUGCUGGGCGACCGGCAUCGUGCGGACUGUGCACUCGGUCUGCGCCGCCGCGGACCUGGCUCGGGUGUAGCGGGAACUCAAGGCCACGGCCCGGCGGUGUUGGAGGCCGGUCUGCUUGCAGCCAGCAGCUGGGAGCCUCGCGACUUGACUAAGAAAAAAAAAUGGCCCUGUUAGCCCAACAGAUACCCAGAUGGUUCAACUCAAUUAAAUUGAGUAGCUUCAUUAAACCUGCGCAAAUCACAAAACACUCUGCAAGACCAGGAAAAACAUUGUCAAAUGGCUUCUCAUCUCAGGCUCUGUUGUCCUCCUACAAUUGCUUACUCCAGUGUGGAAUUAAGGUUUCUAGCACUUCCUCAUCUUGCAAUAGUUUCCAUUCUGCCAACUCCAAUAGACAAGAGAGCCGUUCUGUACAAAGCACUCUGCUUCCUUCAGUGAGUAAAAAGCCUGACGGGAUACCUAGUUUUGACUCUGAGCUGCCUCUUGAAGAACUGGAUGACUUAUCUCAAUUGUCUCCAAUACAACCAAUUUCAGAGGAGGAAGCUAUUCAGAUUGUUGCACACCCUCUGUUGCCCCUAUCCUCCUUCACACUUGGAGACUACAUAGAUCAUUCCAAGACUCUGCAGCAGUUAGUGCAGCUUGGAGUGGAUUUGUCUAAGAUAGAAAGACAUCUGGAUGUAGCCAACCUCCUCCUAAGACUGGAUUUUGAAAAGGACAUUAAGCAAAUACUCCUAUUUCUUAAAGAUUUGGGUUUAGAAGAUAACCACCUGGGACCAUUCCUAACAAAAAAUUAUACUAUUUUCUCUGAAGACCUUGAAAAUCUUAAGACAAGAGUAGCUUAUCUACAGUCAAAACAUUUCAGUAAUACAGAUAUUGCACAGAUGGUCAGACGUGCACCAUUUCUGUUGAGCUUCUCGGUGGAAAGACUGGAUAACAGACUGGGAUUUUUUCAGAAAGAACUUGAACUGAGUGUGAAGAAGACUAGAGAUCUGGUUGUUCGUCUUCCAAGGCUACUAACGGGAAGUCUGGAGCCUGUGAAAGAAAAUAUGAAGGUCUAUCGCCUUGAACUUGGUUUUAAACAUAAUGAAAUUCAACAUAUGGUCACCAGAAUCCCAAAGAUGCUAACUGCAAACAAAAGGAAACUUACAGAGACUUUUGAUUAUGUACACAACGUGAUGAAUAUUCCCCACCACAUCAUUGUCAAGUUCCCACAGGUAUUUAAUACAAGAGUAUUUAAAAUUAAAGAAAGACACUUGUUUCUUACCUACUUGGGAAAAGUGCAGUAUGAUCCAGCAAAACCUAACUAUGUCGCUUUGGACAAGUUCGUAUCUAUUCCUGAUGAAGUAUUCUGCAAAGAAAUUGCCAAAACUUCAGUAAAAGAUUUUGAAAAAUUCUUAAAAACGCUUUAGUUUUUGAUGAAAGUUUAAAUAUAUUCUUGUAAAACUCUCUCAGAUACCUUCCUUCCCAUACCCUCCCUCAAGUUGAUAGCUUCCUUUUAUUACUGUUAAUUAAUAUGUAUUCAUGUAUAUAUGUGCAUGCACAAAUAUAUAAAUACAGUCUGCUGAGUCUUUUUGUUGCUUGUGUAUAUAUGGUUUCAGGGUUCAUCAUUCUGCAUUGGCUUAGUCACUUUUCUG